AUGGAAGACUUACGAAAGGAAUUGAUCAAAAAAAUAGUAAAUGGUUGCAGGCAGUACAACGUGCACACAACUAAAGACUUUGCUUCUUUUUUGUUUACUUUAUAUCAAUUGAAUCCUGAGUACGAAAUCAAAAAGGACGACGACGAACGCAACACUGUAAUUGUCGAGACGAUAGUGGAAAAAAUACACAACCAAGACAGAGCAAGUUUAACGAUAUUAAAGAAUCAAUUGUACUUUUCCAAACAUUAUCAUGAAAAAGAGGAAACUAUUAAACGGCACAGACUACGUUUACACCAAAAAACGGGGCCUAUGGUAGCGGAAAUCUGCGAAACUGAUAAAAUCUCCGACAAUCAAGAAGCUGAAAAGUUGUAUCAGAAGAUGUUAGUGGUUAUCACUGUACUGAGUGGUCUUGGAAAUCCUACCGUACCAAGUGUACUUCGAGAAGUCUCGGUAGCGUUACAAAGCGUUUUCCAACCUUCGGAAUUAGAACAAUAUGUGAAAAUGUCUAAGCGAGAGAAGGAGGAACAUUUGAUGGAACUGAUGUGCAUAGUCGCAGGGAUACGUUUGUUUAACAGAGAUUGUCAACGUGGCGGAGAAGGCAUAGACGAUUUGCCAGCCAUUCUACAAGAAGCUGUUAAAAAGACUCACGAGUCCAUUAUCGAAUUUCUGGAACAUUUAAUGUCGAAGAUUUACAAGUUCACCGCAGCCGUGGAGAAGUCUGUCGUAAUGAAAGCGAUAAUACCGUUCGGAAUCUUUACGAAGAAAAAUGUAAACUGGGUGAAGGAAAUGUUGACUGCCUGUCGGCAACAAGAGAUUUAUGUCAGAAAAUUAUUGAGCGACGUGGAGCACAGCGACAAACAGAUCCACGACAUUAUGGAAAAACUUCAGGGAAGACUGUUCAAGCUUCACGACACCGUGAGAUAUAGAACCGCCAUACCCACUGUUCAAGUCUACCCGCAAUUCAUCGAUCUAGCCGACAUAUGGAUGGGAUUGCAGGACGAGGUGAUCGUAUUGAGUAGCUUCAACAAUUUCCUUUGGGAAUUGCAAAGUCUCGGCAUAAAGACGGUGAGUGUCUUCAAUGAAACGAUACUGGACGAUAUGCUGGGCUCCGAGGAAAUUCUCACGGAUGCUGAGAGAUUGGAACGAACUAUGGGCAAUAUAAUAACGGAAUGCGGUGACUGUACCCUUUAUUAUCCGAACGAAACGAAGGAUUUUGAUAACAUAAAUCUGGAGUUCUUAGGAUUUUGCGCGUGGACGUUCGUAGACGGCCAAGGAGCUCUGAUACCGGGAAACCCGAAUAACGGAGUUGCCAAAUGGAAAGGAAGAUAUUAUGUGUUCUGUUCGAAGAAUGCGGCCGAAAAUUUUGGAAAAGAUCCUGACAAUUGCAUUUACGAUGCCCUCGAUUUCAUACGUAAUAAUUUGGAGUACGUGUACCUGUUCCAAGUAUACAAGGAUAUUCAAAAUCUAAAAACACACGAGAUACCAUCGGCAGAAGGGCCUCAAUUAAAAACCAUCCAGCAUCAAAUGGUCCAAACGGACGUUCAUAUACUUCCACCCCUUAUCGAUAAGGACUAUAGCUCAAAUGUUUGGGAAUUCAGAAGAAGAGCUUUGCAUUUGGCAACCAUAAGACACUAUGCAACGCAUAGCACGCAAACGGAUAAGUCAAACUUCCGAUACGGUGUUUACGUACAAGCUGCUCCGCCCCGGGACAAACAGAUUCAAACGAGAAGAGAUAAUUAUAUGAAUACAAAGAAACUGUUGACUUACAUAUUUGGUCUACGGGGAAGAUACGAUGACAAUCAACAUGUAUUAUCCUUCUUGGAAGAGGAGUUGGAACACUUAUAGGUGUACGGCUUCAUGGAUGCGAAUGAACAAAAUGGAUAGGAUGUAUCGAGGAUUAUCGACGCAUGAAAACAGCUACAACGAGCACCCUUUAAAAAAAAAAAGAAAGCAAUAUUUUUUAAUGACAUUUUCAAAUACAUUUAUGGAAUAUCAGGACAAUUCGCAUUUUUUUGUUUUGUUCUUUGUUUAAAAAAGAAAUUAAUAUUAUUUUACUUUAUCAUUCCGUGCACACAAUUCUUGUUAUCCGCGUUGUAAUGUUUCCCUUAGUCUUAUCGUGGAACGUCGUCAAUUUCAUUUUCUUGGUGGCUUUUACUGAUUUAGGCCAGCAUUCGUAUUAAUUUAUAUUCAAAAUACACAAAUUCAUUCCAUACAUCGAGGUAUGGAUAUAUCCGGUGUAGAAGUAACUUCCUUACCUCGCACCACGAACCUAACUUAUUCUCUACUCUUCAACAUUGCGCAGUGCUGAACAUACUGUGACUUUUUUUUUGUUUGUUUAAUAUGCAUACAUCGUACCUUCGCUGAAAUACAUUAUUCACGUCAUUUUUUACCAUUAAAUCUUAAAAGUUAGGUCAAUUUUUUUUACACCAAGAAACCUAUAUUACGACAAUAAUUAGUAAUUACACGAUAAUACAAUUAAAUUUCACUUAGUCAUAAUUUCAGUGUAUAAUGUAACUAUUAUACAGAAGAGGUACAGGAUGUUGAUUUUUCUUUUGUAUCAUCUUUCUCUUUAUUUUUACCGUACUUUAUUUAUUUUUUUCUCUCUUUUUUUUAAAAUUAAUUUUACCUCAUAUUCUCUCUCUCCUUUUUGUUAACAAAAUGAAUUUUGCCCUAUUACAUCCAUUGGUGAAAAAUAACAGACAUCAAAAGAGGAUGAAAAUAUUGUGUGAUACUUGAGUGGCAGCUUAUAAUUUAAAA